CAAAGUUUCAUGUGUUAUUUUAAACCUGAACCAGAGUCAUGUUCUGGCCUGAGAAACACUUCCUGCUCACACACUGAGGAGGAGGAGGAGGAGGAGGAGGAGGAGGAGCAUCAGACUCACUGUGAACUGACAGACUGUCAGACCCGGGGCAGCUCCUGGAGUCCGGAGGCUGAGGUUUGUGUGCGGACAUUUCUGGGAAAAGCUCCAGCGCUGACUUUUGCCAAAGAGGAGAACCUGAAGAAGAAGCUGCUGCUGCUCAGAUUCUGCUCAGGUUUCCAGUCCGACUCACAUUCCAGGAGUUUUCCUCCUCUCUUUCUUCUUCUUCUUCUUCGUGCGCGCUCUCAGUUUUUUUUGGGAAUAAAAAAUCUCUGAGGAUUAUCUGGUUCCUGGAGUUGUGGAGUUGUGGAGAUGUGGAGAUGUGACGUGGUGCAGAACCUUCACAGAUGAUCUUCAGUCUCCUGGGAUUUAACUUGAAAACGUUCUUUCUGCUAAGAUGAAGUUCUGGAUCUAACGUGUUUUUUUACGCACAGACUUUGGUGAAGAGAAUUCUCUGAGCAGGAGAAAAUGCUCUGAAGCUUCAUCCUCAUCUGGAAUUAACUGAUCGAUUGAUUGAGCGCAAAUGCGCUAAGGACGCGCUGGGGUCUCGGAUCCUCUGGAUCUUCUCUGUCUUGUCCUCAGUGAGUCUCAGCUCUGUUCUCUCAGCAGAAUGAAGCCGUUUGUUGUGUGUGUCUUCUUCAUAUGUGUCCUGACCUGUACGGGGGACGCGGACAGACGGGUGCGACUGCACCGACGCGUACGGCUGGGACUUUUGGACAAAGAGCGCGUCUCAGGACGCGUGCGCGCCGGGUUUAGUUCCGCCAUCGCGGUGCACAGUCCCGGUAGGGACGUUGAUGUGCAGGCUGAUGAGAGUGUUCCAGUUCUGCAGGGCAGGAGCACAAGGGGUCAGGGCCUGGUGCCAAGGAGAGGGGUGGCCAGACAAUCUGGUUUCCCCGUGCAGCAGGAUGAGGGAACUCCAGCAGGACCCAGAGCCAGGGUGAGCCGGAUGCCCAGCAGUGCCGGGUCACCAAACCUGCUGGCCAGUUUUGCAGGCAAGAACCGGGUGUUGGUGAUCUCAGCGCCUCACGACUCGGACGGGUACUACCGCCUCAUGAUGACUCUCCUGAAACCAGACGUGUACUGUGAGCUCGCAGAGAGACACGUCCACCAGAUUGUGAUGUUUCACCAGGAGGGCGAGAUGGGAGGGAAGGUGAGGAGGAUCACCACAGAGGGAAAGGUGAUGGAGGAGCCACUGGACACAGCACUCAUCCCCAGACUCAUGAGCUUUCUCAAGAUGGAGAAAGGGAAGUUUGGGAUGGUGCUGCUGAGGAAGACCCUGCAGGUGGAGGAGAGGUAUCCCUACCCCGUGAGGCUGGAAGCCGUGUACGAGGUCAUCGACCAGUCGCCCAUGAGGAAGCUGGAGAAGCUGCGGCAGAAGGGCUUCGUCCAGAAGUGCAAAGGAGCAGGAGUGGAAGGUCAAGUGGAGGAGGGAACGCUAGCAGAAACACCUUUACAACGAAAACCAGGGAAGAAGAUCCUGAGAAAGCCCACACCAUCAACAACAACCACCACCACCACAACUGCUACAACCACAACAACUACACGUCCAACCACGACAACCCGGCCCACCACCACCACAACCUGGCCCACCACCACCACAACCAGAGCUACAACAACAACAACAACAACAACAACCAGAGCUACGACAACAACAACAACAACCAGAGCUACGACAACCACCACCAAACCCACCACUACCAGAAGAACCACCACUACCACCACAAGAAGACCCACCACCACGACCACCACCCAGAGACCAACCAGAGCCCACACCACAGCCACGUGGCUCCCAGUCCCCAGAACCACCGCGGAUCAGUACUACGACAGCCACAGAGAGAGGGAGUGGUACCCGGCCAGAACCACCCCGGCUGGAGACAACCGCACCAACAAAGAAAACAGCCGCAAGCUAGUUCCUGCUAAACCUUCCAAGAUCAAACCAACAAAGAAGAAGAACGGAGGAGAGAAGGUGUUGAAUAACGAGCACGAGGACCGGUACGAGCCGAGCAAGCCGACGGUGAGCGAUCCCGAGGAGGCAGAGACCGUCCCCCCCGACACCAGUCCCACCAAGAAGGUCAAGGUCAAACAGAACAAGCUGGACAAGAAGAAGAAGAAGGCGGACAAGGCCGUGAAGAAGGCAGAGAGGAGAGGGAAGGCGGGGAAGGAAGGAAAGAUCGGAGCCAAGAAAAACGUCAAGAAGCCGCUGAAGUAUCCAGAACCAGAGGAGUUCCCGAAACCCACGAAGAGGCCGACGACGCCUCCUCCUCCGAAAGGAUCCCUGGAAUCUUUCCUGGAUUAUUUUGAGAACAGGAGGCGGCUGCUGCUGGUGACGUCUCCCAGUGAGGACGACAGGAUGUAUGCUCAGCAGAGAGACGAGUAUCUGGAGUCUGUGUGUGAGAUGGCCAUCAGGAAGGUGUCCAUCAUCACCAUCUUUGGUUCCCUCACCAACUCCACCAUGAAGAUCGACCACUACCAGCUGGAGAACGACAAAGCGAUGAAGGGUCUGCGGCAGGAGGACCUGGUGAACCAGGACCUGAUCACAGAGCUGAGGAAAGAGUUCAGUAUGACACACGACGACUUCUACAUGGUCCUCACUGACACCGACAUGAAGGUCAAGCAAUCCUACGAAGUCCCGAUCGCGAUGAAGGCCGUGUUCAACUACGUGGACACGUUCACGUCUCGGAUCAGAGAGAUGGAGCAGCAGAAGCGAGACGGCGUCGUCUGUAAGAAGAAGGACAAACCCAGAUCCCUGGAGAACUUCCUCUCCAGGUUCCGGUGGAGGCGUCGCCUCUUCAUUAUCUCCGCCCCCAACGACGAGGAGUGGGCGUAUCAGCAGCAGCUCUACGGCCUGAGCAGUCAGGCCUGUAAUCUGGGUCUGAGACACAUUGCCAUCCUGAAGCUCGUCGGCACAGAGACACUAGAUAUGGGCGGAGUCUUGGAGCUCUAUCCAAUCAAUGGCAGUGCCACUGUGGAGCGCGAGGGUCUGUCGGCGACGCUGGUGAAGGACAUGAGGAACUACUUCCAGAUCAGCCCCGAGUACUUCUCCAUGCUGCUGGUGGGGAAGGACGGCAACGUGAAGUCGUGGUAUCCGUCGCCCAUGUGGUCCAUGGCCAUCAUCUACGACCUGGUGGACUCCAUGCAGCUGCGCCGGCAGGAGAUGGCCAUACAGCAGUCGCUGGGCAUGCGCUGCCCCGAGGACGAGUACGGCGGCUACGGUUACCACCAACACGGAUACGAACACGGCUACCAGGACGGCUACCACCAGGGCUACGGCUACUAACUGCUGUGUGUGUGUGUGUGUGUGUGUGUGUGGGCUAAACCGUGAGCACACGCGUCAAACCUGUACGUCUCGUGUCCUUUAACGUUUGCUAGCACUUAGUGGAAGCUUCCACAGCGAGUUUAUGCUGUCGUUCUAAUCACUUUAAAGGGGCAGUUUGGGAUUUUUUGAGGUAAAACUCUGAUUUUAGCCACUUAAAGGUUCACUGUGUCACAUUCACCAGGGUUUAUGGGCAGAAAAUAGAUAAAUAUAUAAAGAAAGAAAUAUAGAGUCCUUAAGUGUACAACAGCUUUAAAUUAAAAGUUGUUGUAAAAUAAGCCUUUUAUACGAGGAAUAUCACAGACUACAGCUUUAACAUGAGGCUCGCCUGAUUAAAAUCUACAGCACCUCAAGUGUGCACUACUUUAAGAGCAUGUUGAUGCUUUUACUGAGCUGUUUCAACAGGAAACUGACGUUUGGGACACUUUAUUAAAUUGCUCACUGUCCCACACCAAACCCCAUAGAGAAAAGCAGCGUUUUUAGCCAGUAAGGACACAGGUGUUGUUGAUCCACUGCUGCCUCUAUCCUGAGGCUUAAAGGUGUUAUUUUGUAAAAUUCUGUGUUUGAAAUCCUUUGUUCAGAUUGACCUCAGUGACACAAAGUGACCACACGAGGCAGCAGCAGACCAGCAGCUCCUGUGUCCCCGCCAGCUAAAAUCACUGGUUUUCUCUGUGGGCUUUGGUGCAGAGGAUUACAAAGCAACACAAACCUCAGUUUCCCGUCAGAAAAUGUUGUGUAACAGUGAGAUAAAGACGUGAACAUGUUCUGAAGAUGUCGUACACUUAAACCAACAUGUGUGUGUGUGUGUUUCUCAGCACACAUAAACCUCAUUCAAACCCCACUCCAUAAAUCCUGAACUGCCCCUUUAAGUGGCUUUAAUCACAGUUGAUGAGUUAUGACGUGGACGAGCCUGGAGGUUCAGGGAUCUGAUGUUUUCUUCCUGUUUGUGUGUUUUAAACAGAGUUUUGCACGUUGUUGUUGUUGUUGUUGUUGUUGUUGUUAUUGUUGCGUUUUAAAUGUUUUAUUUCUGUAAAUCUUCCAGGUCAAACUCACAUCAUCCUCCUCCAUGUUCAGGCACAGACUUUUAUUUUGUAGAUAUCAGGCUGAUGCAGUGCAGUUAUCAACCUUUUUUAUUUUUUAUUUUAUUUUGAAGGAAAUAAAGAAAGCUGUCACAUUA